AUGGACAAACAACGUCGCAGGAUCUACUCCAGCAACACUCAAAACAGUGUGCCGACGUCAUCGUCAGCAGCUGUAGCAGCACCAUUCGAACCAAGCGAUUCGGGUAGUAACAGUAGCGUUGAUUCCGGACAAGGCUCUGCCGAGUUCAGCUCCCAGAGCUUUUCAUCCAGAGAUCUGUUCGAUUAUGAAAACUCACUGGGCGCGGUUAAUUUGCCAAGCUAUGCACGUAUGGCAAAUACCAUGGAUCACGCUUUACGAGUCUGCAGUGCGCUGCACACUGUGUUGUGUAACGAAAUUGAUGCAAAAUGGACCAGCGAACUGGUGUGCAAAGGAAAAAUUCUGGUCGCAAUUAUGCAGUCCUCACCAAGUCGAGCAUUUCUUCCUGCACAGGUAAGUGCAUUACACCGAUAUAUAAGUUCUCCCACUUAA